AUGGCGAGGAAGAAGAUCAGAGAGUACGAUUCGAAGAAGCUGCUGAAGGCUCACCUGAAGAGGCUCGCCGGGAUCGAUCUCCAGAUCUGCUCCGCACAGGUAGAAUGAGUUGUCCGUGAUCUCCCCCUUAAAACUCUCCAAUUAUCUGAUUGGUCUCUCUCUCUCUCUCUCUCUCUCUCUCUCUCUCUCUCUCUCUCUCUCUCUCUCUCUCUCUCUCUCUCUCUCUCGCUCUCUUCGUGUGGCGUUUCAGAGAUAUCACGCGGAAUUGGUUUGGUCUGUCUUGGAACAGUCGUCUUUCCGUAUGAGAGUGAUGCGAUUUUUUGGUUCUCUUACGGGGACGACUUUUUGUCACAUUUACUAGUGUUUUAGUAUGUGUUGUCCAGUUCGCGUGCUCGAAUUAUGUUGAUUAGAUCCUGCGAAUUCUCCUUUUCUCGGUCCUUUAGGUUUCUUAAUCAUCUGAUGUCUAGUUUUUAUUUUAAAUUCCUCAUGGGUAGGUCACAGAAGCGACGGAGUUCACCGAGCUCGCAAACGCAGAGCCAUGGCUUUCUUCCUCGAGAUUGGUCGUCAAGCCCGACAUGCUGUUCGGAAAGAGGGGGAAGAGCGGACUGGUUGCUCUGAACAAGGAUCUUUCUGAGGUUGCUGAGUUUGUGAAGCAACGCCUUGGGAAGGAGGUGACCGGUUAUACGAGAAAUAAGAAUUUUCACUCACCUUUUCCAUAUUGUCUUCACUUUGGUAUUGAUCGUAUCACUUACUGAUAUCUUAAUUGUAUGCUGGAUUGUGUUUUGAUCAGGUUGAGAUGGGUGGAUGCAAGGCCCCAAUCACCACAUUCAUCGUUGAACCAUUUGUUCCACAUGAGAAGGAAUUUUACCUUUCCAUCGUCUCUGAGAGGCUUGGUUGCACCAUAAGUUUCUCAGAGUGUGGUGGUAUUGAAAUUGAAGAGAACUGGGAUAAGGUUUGUUGUAAUUGGACGUUGGAGAAAAUAAACUGUCGAUUUUCUUCUCUGAUAUUUUCUUCAGAAGGUUUUGAUCUCAUUUCUGAUUGCUUUUGUUUAACCCGUGAAGGUUAAGACAGUAUUUCUCCCAACAGAAAAGCCAAUGACUAUUGAAGCAUGUGCUCCGUUAAUUGCAACGCUUCCAUUAGAGGUAAUGCAGAGUUCUUCACAUGGCCAACCACAAAGCGUAUUAUGGAGAACCAUAGCUCAGCGUCCAUAGUAUAUGUUCAUUGCCGGUUUAUUUCUCUGUAACUUAAUCAAUUAGAUAGCUAUCUUCCAAUGAGUUUAUUUUCUCUAAGCUAUUGCCACUCCGUUUGUAUUAAAUUACUCUUUCUUGAUCUAUUUCCCAGAUAAGAGGAAAAAUUGGCGAUUUCAUUAAAGGUGUUUUUGAUGUAUUCCAAGGUAUGUACUUGUUUAUGUAAAUGAAGGACUUUCAAUUUGAAACAAGAUAAGAAAAUGAUCAAAUAUCUGACUGACUGCGAAUCAAUUGUUCUCUCCCGCUGAGCUCUGUUGCAGACCUGGAUUUUACAUUCCUCGAGAUGAACCCAUUUACAUUGGUGAAUGGGGAACCGUAUCCACUGGACAUGCGUGGGGAAUUAGAUGAUACGGCUGCUUUCAAGAACUUCAAGAAGUAAUCACCGUUAACCUUAAAAAAAAAGGGAAAUACAACAGCUCUAGGAUGUUAUAUUAAUGAUGACAGUUUAAAAUGUGCAGAUGGGAUGCCAUUGAGUUUCCACUUCCUUUUGGCAGAGUACUGAGCCCGACAGAAAGUUUCAUUCAUAGACUUGAUGAGAAGGUUCGUGUAUUUUAAUCAGAUUUGUGCCAUAAGAUGCUGAAAGCUCGUUGUAGAUCGUGUAGAUCGUUUAUAAAAUUAUUUAUGCUUACCAAUAUUGUCCAUUUCAGCAUCUAAAUAUUUAUGGAUUUACUCUGCUUCAGAUAGAAAAAACCAAUGUAAACUUUAGGCGAGCCAUUUUCUUGCAUUUUUUGUAUCCCAUCUGGUUAGAUUAUAGAUGGGCACCGAUGGGUUUUAAUUUGAACCUUGUGAGCUGCUAGGUUAGUUCUAAAUUCCUUUGUGCUAUUUGCCAUCUUGAGUGUAGGCCACGUUUUGAGCCUCAACUACAAAAGAGCUAAGCAUUUCUCGACCUGCAUGCUUUUGAUUAAGUAUUGAAUGCCUUAAAGUUUACCAUAUAGGCAUAUAAAUUUGUUUACUGAGCCCGAAAAUGACAUCUGUGUCGUUUUAUGAGGUACCCAUAAUCUCUUGGAGCAUGUUAGAGCAUGAUUUCAUCAUUCCCUCACCCCAAAAAGAUCUAAUACUCUGCAUGGAUCUUCAAUAUUGUGUGCAUCUACUCUUUUUUAAAAUCGAUCCUCCGUCCUAAUCUAAACAGCAACUAAACUGCUGGAAAGCUGGUACUCCGAACAUUUUCUAUGCUUCAUUGGAAGGUUCUUUGGGUGUAUAUCGCUUCCAUUCCUGUGGUUGACAACUUUUAGUUUUUGUUAUCAUGGAAAUUACUUCAAAGAGAAUAUUUGCAAAUAUCAAAUAAAGUGCUAGAUCCUAGGUGCACUCCACAUCAGCAACAAGGGUGCAUCUGUGUGGCAUAUGGACACCUUCAAAGCUCUGCUGCAUGGGCUUGUGCUCAUCUAAACCUGCAAUGAUAGAUGUAUAUUUCUGCACAUGAGGUCAUAGUUAUUUAUGGCAACCAAAGUUUGUAAGAUAAUGACACUACAAUGCCAUUAUCUUAUUACUUGCACAACCAUGCAUGGCCCUCCCAAGUAAGUUUAUUUUCGUCAAGGAUUCUAAUGAAUCUAGUAACCUAUAUAGAUUCUACCAGAAGCUAAUUUGAUCUAAUGUAUUCAUGCUCGUAAUUUUUUUAAAAAAAUGGAGCAUCCCUCUUUGUAAAUUGGAAUCAUGUUCUUUAUCGCAGUAUUUUUUAUGACUAUCAUUCACUUCAGACAAAAUUAAAUGAACUUGUCUAUGGAAACAAUUUGCUGAAUACUCUCAAAAUCCUGGUUAGUUGUUUGAGUUGCGAUCGGUACAGGUUAGUGAGCUCGUAGAUGAGAUAAGUAUGGCGUCAUUCAAUAUACAUUUUAUUCUACUUUCUAUGAUCCAUGCGAUGUGAUACCUAAUUUUUCGAAAUGUCCAAUCGAAUGGUAUUUAUUAUCUGAAAAUUUAAUUUUCCGCAUAGCAUCAGGACUCUCAUGUAGUUUACAUUCUGGGAAAUGACUUAUCCGCAGCAUAAAGUUGUGCAUGCAUGUGAUAAUUUGUUUCCAAUUUUUUUCCAGAUUUUAUUAGUGUCGUGGCCUUCAUUUAUAUUUAAUAGGAACAAAUUACUGUUCUGUUCAUUGCAUGGGUUUUCUGCGUAUUUAUAUUGAAUAGGAAACAUCAAAAUAUCAUCUUAUUCUGUGAAAUCUUUCUACUAUAUGUAGAAACCUUCUUCUUCUUCUUUUAUGGGGCCCACUCUAGCUGGAGUUUCUCGCUCAAAAUAGCAUCUAUUCGCUGAAACCUUACUACUAUUAAUAGAAAGCUUCUUCUUCUUCUGUGGGAUCCACCCUUCCUAGCUGGAGUUUCUCGCUCAAACUAGCAUCUAUUCGCUGAAAUCUUAGUACUAUUAGUAGAAAGCUUCUUCUUCUUCUGUGGGAUCCACCCGGUCAAGCUGGAUUUUCUCGCUCAAACUAUCAUUUAUUCUCUUUAUUGUGGCAAUUAAUUUUGUGUGAUCCUCGUUUGUCUCAGACGAGCGCCUCCUUGAAGUUCACCGUCCUCAACGCCAAAGGUCGCAUCUGGACCAUGGUCGCCGGCGGCGGCGCCAGCGUGAUAUACGCCGACACGGUGGCCACCCAAGUCCAGAAUAAAUCUCCUCUUUGCACUUUCCCUCUCUUAUAUUCUCUCCUCUCUCUCUCUCUCUCUAUCAAGCAGGUUGGGGAUCUGGGUUAUGCGGCGGAGCUUGGAAACUACGCGGAAUACAGCGGGGCGCCGAACGAGGAGGAGGUCUUGCAGUACGCCAGGGUGGUCUUAGAUGUAAGGCGAAAUCUCUCUCCUCUCUGUCUCCCGGUCUCUCUGUUCUCUGUCUCUCUCUAUCUCUCUGUGUCUACGGGAUCUCCCUUCUCCUGAAAGUCGUCUUUCCGCCGCCGCAGUGCGCCACCGCGGACCCCGACGGCCGCAAGAGGGCCCUCCUGAUCGGCGGCGGCAUUGCCAACUUCACCGACGUGGCCGCCACUUUCAACGGCAUCAUCCGGGCCCUGCGAGAGAAGGUGGGCCCCUGCGUUGACCCUCCUCCUCUUCCUCCCCUACUUCGGUCUCCGCCUUUCCUAAUAUGGAAUUGUAUGUCAACCCCCUGGCGGCGUGGCUGCAGGAGGCGAAGAUAAAGGAGGCGAGGAUGCACAUCUACGUAAGAAGAGGCGGCCCCAACUACAAGACCGGGUUGGCGAAGAUGAGGGUCCUGGGAGAGGAGCUGGGCGUCCCCCUCGAGGUGAGCCGCUCUCAACACGUCCGAUUUGAUCCGAUCUCAACCCGCUCUCUCUCGCUUAAUCCUCUGAGCCGUGCAGGUUUAUGGGCCUGAGGCGACGAUGACCGGAAUCUGCAAGGAAGCCAUCGACUGCGUCAUGUCCGCCGCCUAA